AUGGCUACUCAAGAGCUAAUUGCCAUUUUAGAACGAACUGCGGUUGGCUCUCAAAGCGAUUUGGAAAAUGCACGAAAUUUUCUUGCCAAAGCAGCUGAACAAAAUUUGCCUGAACUUCUAAAACAUUUAUCCGAUAUAUUAAAUACAGCCACAAAUAAUCCAACUGCGCGCACACAAGCAGCAUUACAAUUGAAAAAUGCUCUCUAUUCUCGCGAAGAAAAUUUGAAAAAAGUCUAUCAAGACCGUUGGUUGGGAAUGCCACAAGAUAUAAGAAAUCACAUCAAGAACAAUUGUUUUGAAGCACUCGGCACUGAAACAUCAAAACCAUCUCAAGCUGCUCAGUGUGUCGGUUAUAUCGCUUGUGCUGAUUUACCACGUGGACAGUGGCGCGAUUUAAUCGAACGACUAGUCGCCAAUGUAACAACGCCGGGAAAAGCGGAUAAUUUACGUGAAGCUAGUCUCGAAGCGCUCGGCUAUAUAUGUCAAGAUAUUGAUGCCAGUGUUUUGGUUCCACAAAGUAAUGUUAUUUUAACAGCACUCGUAUAUGGCAUGAGAAAAGAAGAAGUGAACGAUAAUGUCCGUCUAGCAGCUACAACAGCUAUGUUAAAUUCAUUAGAAUUUACCAAGAAUAACUUUCAAAAUGAUAGUGAAAGACAUUACAUCAUGCAAGUUGUAUGUGAAGCUACUCAGUCACCAAAUCUUAAAAUUCAAGUAGCAGCACUACAAAACUUGGUCAAAAUUUUAACAUUAUAUUAUGAUUACAUGGAAUAUUAUAUGGGUCCAGCAUUAUUCGCUAUAACAAUGGACGCUAUGAAAUCAUCUCAUGACGAAGUUGCUUUACAAGGUAUUGAGUUUUGGAGUAAUGUUUGUGAUGAAGAAUAUGAACUCCAACUUAUGCAACAAGAAGCAGCGGAACAAAAUCGUCAGCCCGAACGUACAAGUCGUUAUUAUGCGCGUGGUGCGUUACAAUAUUUGGUUCCGGUUCUAUUACAACGUCUCACUGUACAAGAAGAAACUGAUGAUGAUGACGAUUGGAAUCCAUGUAAAGCAGCUGGUGUCUGUUUAAUGUUAUUAGCAAGUUGUGCAGAAAAUACAAUUAUUCAACAUGUAUUUCCAUUUGUUAGUGAAAAUAUUAAACACACUGACUGGAGACAUCGAGAAGCAGCUGUUAUGGCAUUUGGAUCAAUGAUGGAAGGUCCCGAUGUUCAAAGUAUAAAACCAAUAGCUGAACAAGCCGUUCCAUUUUUAAUUGAAUUAUUGCAUGAUCAACGUGUUGCUGUACGUGAUACAACGGCAUGGACAAUUGGACGAAUAUUUGAAUUCGUUUCACAAGCCGUGAUGGACGAUAAUUUGUUACGUGGAAUAUUAACAGCAUUAGUUGCUGGUUUGGCUGAUGUUCCGCGUGUAGCAACAAAUAUCUGUUGGUCAUUUUCGAGCUUGGCACGUGCUGCAUACGAAAAUGCUGAAUGUCCAGAAGAUGAUGAUACACCAAACACAUAUAUAUUAUCUCAAUAUUUCGAAGGUAUCGUGCAGAAAUUAAUCCUAACUACGGAUAGGAAUGACGGUAAUCAGUCGAAUUUACGCAAUGCAGCUUACGAAGCUCUUAUGGAAAUGAUUCGUCAUAGUCCAAAAGAUUGUUAUGCAACUGUUCAACGAACAACAAUGACUGUAUUGGAAAGAUUAAACAACGUUAUCUCGAUGGAAAGUCAUACAGCUAAUCCAAACGAUCGAGUACAAAUAAGUGAUCUUGAAUCGUUACUGUGUGCAACAUUACAGAGUGUUUUACGUAAAAUGCAUGCAGAUGAUGCCCCCAUCAUCUCCGAUCAUAUAAUGACAGCACUAUUAUCAAUGUUAAAGUCAAAUAAUGGCAAAGCUAGUUCGGUCCAUGAAGAUGCAUUAGUAGCUAUUGGAACACUUGUUGAAGUACUUGGUCCUGACUUUAUUAAGUAUCUUCCGCACGUAUUACCAUAUUUAUUUGAAUCAUUAAAUAACCAUGCAGAUUAUCAAAUAUGUGCGGCGGCUGUUGGAUUAGUUGGUGAUUUAAGUCGAUCGUUAUUAGACAAAAUUAUACCAGUUUGUGAUCAAAUAAUGACACAUUUAUUACAAUGUCUUGGUGAUGAUAAACUUCAUCGUUCCGUUAAACCACAAAUAUUAAGCACAUUUGGUGAUAUUGCCUUAGCUAUUGGAUCUGAAUUUAAAAAAUAUCUUGAAGUUGUCUUAACCACAUUAAAUCAAGCAUGUCGUGCACAAGUAGCAAAAAAUGAUUAUGAUAUGAUUGAUUAUCUAAAUGAUUUACGUGAAGGCUGUUUAAGUGCAUAUACUGGAAUCAUACAGGGCUUAAGAAACUCACCGUCAUCGACUGUUGGACCAAAUGGUACAACGUCAACACCAUUAGUCGAUUUACAAUUAGUAACAGCACAAUUACCAUUUAUCAUUCAAUUUGUUGAAGUUGUUGCACGUGAUCCAAAUAAAUCGGAUACAAUUAUUGGAGCGACCAUUGGUUUGAUUGGUGAUUUAGUUACAUCAUAUGGACAAGGCAUGUUACAAUUUGUUGAACGCGAUACAAUAGACAAACUUAUAACAGAAGGAAAACGUUCAAAAAUAAUGAAAACAAAAACAUUAGCCACUUGGGCGGCUAAAGAAAUUCGAAAACUGAAAAGUGGUUGA